UAAAUGGAAUUGGGUUCGGAAGAAAGAGUUUGGCCACCAACCUACCCUGACCCUGACGGCAUGAACUAUCUGAAAAAGUAAAUGGUCAUCCGGAAACUGCUUGGCAGAUGAGUUUGAUGACUUAGCUUUUGGCAAAUCAGUUCCAUAUACAUAUAUAUUCACAGUUUAUGGCAUUGAAGGAGAAAAAGGGUGGUCAUUGUUUGUGUUCAUAUGCUUACAAUCUGUAGCGCUUUUGAAAGCUUUUAUCUGGAAUUGUUUGGGGGUACUUUCACUGGUAGCUUGGAAGGAAGGGAAACAAACAUGGAAGACGACAUUGCCAACUUGAUUGUGUUGGGAGUACUCUCAUGGACGACGGCUUUUCUAUUAAUCAGAAAAAAUUUAUCUAAACGCUCCUUUGAUUUCUGCAACCGCAUUGUUUCUACCAUCCAUGCAACCUUAGCUGUAAUCUUAGCCUCCCGUUCUGUUGAAGAUUGGAGUUGCCCAGUCUGUCCUUUGGCUUCAAAAUCUUCUCUUAAGCAGAGGCAAACUUUGGCUGUGACCGUUGCUUAUCUCAUCUAUGACCUGAUAUGCGGCCUCUUUGAAGAGCGAGUCAGUCUUGAUAAUACAGUUCACCACUUGGUCAGCAUCGUUGGUAUUGGAGCAGGUCUUGCCUAUCAAAAGUGUGGAUCAGAGCAGGUUGCUGCGUUAUUCAUAACAGAGAUCUCAAGUCCUUUCCUCCAUGCCAGGGAGCUGCUUAAAGAACUCGGUUAUAGGGACACUGACCUCAAUUUAGCAGCCGAUAUCACAUUUGCUGUAAUAUUCUCACUAGCAAGGAUGGUGGGUGGUCCUUAUCUCACUUUCGUGACUCUGUCUGCUAAUAACCCAAUACUUAUCAAGGCAAUGGGCCUGGGACUGCAGUUAGUCAGUACUUUCUGGUUCUACAAGAUUGUAAAGAUGGUGAUAUACAAGCUCACGAAAAAACAGAAGAAGGUGGUUUCUAGUCCUCUGCAUUCAGGAAAAUUGAACUAAAGCCAGUAUUACAAGUUUACUAGGAUUGAUGAAUGAUUGUGUUGAAAGAUGUUGCAUGAAUAUCUGCAUCUUCAUGUGUUAAAUUUAAACUUGUAAAAUCCCCAUUAUAUAAGAAUUGUGAUGUGGUUUAGUGAUAUUUUACCAUCAUACAAAAGAUGCCUCACAGGUUAUGAUA